UAUAAAACAAGCCGUUGGCAAAUACCCGGUGUUAACUUAAAUGAGAUACUUCAACACAAUAUUCUGAGGGCGUUCUUGUUUUAUAGGUUUAAACGUCAGCCACUGUGGGUUCUACUAGAUUGUCCUCCAGAACUAUGAACGUGUUGACGUUGAUAGCUGUCGUCCCCGUGGUCGUCGCCGUGGCUAUGGCUAAACAACGAUGUGCUCCGCCGUCAUGGAGAGUCCGGGAAAGGGCUAUCGGUUUCACGGUCUCGAAAAUUAAUGGGUUUUACAGAGGAUUCAAUGACAAAGACAUAUCCACUGUGUACUACGACAAACUCAACGGCAGAUCGGCUCAGUUGGUGAACUACACCAUCGGGGACGACUAUGAAUCCAAGAAGGUCAUUGUCGAUUACAGUGCCGGAAAGCGGUAUGUGAUUAACUACAAGAAGAAUGAAUGCCUUGUGCACAGCAUAACGUGGGGAUUCGAUGAAAUAUGCAUUCCAGAUUAUUCGGAUAAAAUAUUUGAAUACGUUCUUGGUCUGGACACCAGUGAAGGGGGACAUAUUGACGCUGUGGGAUUCAACAAGAGGGUAGACUACCAUGGCGAUCAUACAGAUCUGACUGUCACACUCACCAAGGACCAUUACGUACCUGUUCAGGUCCUUAAACACGGAUUGGACGAUGAUACAUAUCUGACCGUCUCCCUGUUGGGCGACGUUGUGUCCCCCUUUCCACCUGAGGAAUCAGAUGUGUUCACUCCACCCAAUGACUGCACAAAGGCGGAAGUCGUUUCCCAUGGGCUUCCCGGUGCUAUGGCAACCUUACUGCGACAUUAAAACAUCAGCAAGUGACAUGCAAGAUGACCAGUCUAUUCUCCUGACAGAUCUCGACUUACCAUGAGUCUCCAGCAUUGACGCGUUUCAUGUAAUACUGUAUCUCUAUCAACAAUAAUAAACUUAUACCAAGCAUU